CUGCAAGUAUGACACUACCUUCAGUAAUCAGGAGCAGUGGCAGAACUUGGAUCAGACUGAGAAUCUGCAAUGGACUCAUUUCUGAUACGUAUGUAAAAAGGUAACACCAACAGAACCUCAUGCUGAAGAGACAUGGCCUCCGUCACAGAAGAUCUUGAAAUGCAACCCCAUGGAUCAGGUUCUUUACAGCAGAAUGUACAGCAACACAGAGGCUCCCUUCAUGCAUUUUUGCACACACUGGGACUUGCAGAAUAUUUCCCAAACAAGAUCCUUACACUCAGAUCCUUACAAGAGAUCAAAAAAGACAGCCUGUCUGACAAAAAGGAUGAUUCACUGCAAGCAAUACCGUGGGCUUUUCUGAGGAAACUACUGAUGGCUAACACCAAAUCAAGGACUUUAGACUGUGCAAGUGAAAACGAGGAAACAAAUGACUGGUUUUCUGAGAGCAAUAUAGACAUCAGUCCUAAUACCUUAGAUCUUAUUGUUGCCCUCUAUGCCUGUGCAGACAGUUUUCUCCAGCAGGAAAUGACCCUUAAGAUGUCCAUGUGCCAAUUUGCAGUACCCUUUCUGUUACCCUGUGGUAUACAGAAUCAGUGCACUCUUAUGUUAUGGGCUCUAAGAGGUGUCCUGAAAGAGUGGUGUCCCCAUUCAAUGUCUAAAAGUAAAGGGUUUGUUGAAGAGAGUGUAGUUUGUGCCAAAAUACCUCUGGUGUCGUUUGUCAGGCUGAGAAAUUGUAGCUUGUCAAAGUCCCAAGUUAUAAACCACUUACUCAGUGAAUCCCAGCAGCACCAUGAUUUCUUUUGUCACCGAGACAUGAAAGGAGGAUGUCGCCCCAGGAUGAUUGCUAAUGGAAUGGUUGAAAUGUGCUGGUAUCUGCCAGGUGGGAACACGGCCAUUGACAUCUUCCCUGAGCCAGUGGCCAUUGCUAAUUUAAGAGGAGAUGUUGGUGCAUUUGAAACACAAUUCGCUUUCCUUACUCAAGUGUCAAAAGCAAUGUUUGUUUUCCUGGACAAGUUUGAAGAAAGGGAGCAAAAGAUGCUUGUCUCUUCACAACAACUGAAUUCAAAACUAUUCUUUGUUGUGAAUUAUCAGAGAGACACACAUCCAGAUGUGAAGUCAUCAAUUCAAGCAGUGAUGGAAGCCCUGAAGUUGACCAAAGAGGACAUCAUUGUGAAAAGUCAGAAUAUCAACAUGGCAAAGCUUACAGACAUGAUCUGUUCUACCAUUAGGAAAUCCCUCAGUGAGCCUUCUCCAUCCUUAGAUAUUGAGUCCAUGUCAAGGAUUGCUUGUGAAUUUGGAAUAUCUGUGGAUGAACUUACCAGCAAAGCCUCCAGUUCAGCAGAGCAAGCAGCACAGAAUAUUAUCAAAGGCAUUGGAGUUCGUGAAAUUGUUGUCUAUAAGAAGAACCAGCUGCCAUUGCAAGGUGAAAACUGGAAAAGACUGGCUCAGAUAGAAAAAGAGGAAUGCAGGUUACAAACUGCAGGAGAUACAAAGCUGGAGGACUACAAAGCAGAACUUCAGCAAGAAAAAAAAAUCAUUCAGAAAACACAAAGUAAGUACAAGAUCACAUCAGCAAUGUCAGGGUUUAUAAAUGCAGUGACAACUAAUGACUCCAUUGAGAGAGCUUUCUUUCUCAAAUGGCUGGGGUACAAGCUGGACAUGCGUUCACGUAAGUGCCUGUCAUCCCUUCGACAUGCUUUUAAAGAGCACUGUCGACAAAAAGAUAAAGAGUCCCUAGCCAAAGUAGACCAGCAACUUCUGGACAGCUCUCUUGGCUUAGAACAUUACUUGAGAGAGAUGGGACAUAUAUAUGAGGCUUCACUAGGUUCAAGCAAAAGACUGGAUGAACUCCCCAAAGUAGCUGCUGAGCUCCUGCAGGAAGGGUUUCCUCUUGAGCUGCUGGAUGGAGAUGCAUCCAGUAUUCCAGAAAAAUGGAUAAAUGAUGUUCUGAUGGAGCUUCACAGGAUGGUUGGACAGAAGAGUCGUCUGUUGGUACUGACAGUGUUAGGGGUUCAAAGCACAGGCAAAUCAACACUGCUCAACACCAUGUUUGGAGUCCAGUUUGCAGUUAGCAGUGGUCGGUGCACACGUGGAGCUUACAUGCUCUUACUGACAGUGGGAGAGGACCUCAGGACAGAGCUGUCAUGCGACUAUAUCCUCUUAAUUGAUACAGAGGGUUUGAAAUCACCAGAUCUUGUUCAACUUGAUAACAGUUAUGAACAUGACAAUCAACUAGCCACAUUCGUGAUUGGUCUUAGUGAUAUAACCAUUAUCAAUGUUGCCAUGGAGAACUUCACAGAGAUGAAGGAUAUUUUGCAGAUAGCAGUGCAUGCUUUUUUACGGAUGAAGGAAAUUGGUAAAAAACCAAUUUGUCACUUUGUUCACCAGAAUGUUGCUGGUGUAUCAGCACAUAACAAGUUAAUGACAGAGAGACAGCAUCUCCUGGAACACCUGAAUGAAAUGACACAGAUUGCAGCCACAAUGGAGAAGAAAAGAGGUAUCAGCAAAUUCACUGAUGUUUUGGAUUAUGACGUGGAACUGAAUCACUGGUAUAUACCAGCUUUAUGGUAUGGCACUCCUCCAAUGGCACCUGUUAAUACAGGCUACAGUGUAGCUGUUUUUGAUUUCAAGAAAAACGUGUUAAAAACCCUGAAAGAAAGAAAUGAUGAACUGUUUUUCAAUAUCCCACAAUUCCUGGAAUGGACAAGAAGCAUGUGGAGGGCAGUGAAGUUUGAGAACUUCAUUUUCAGCUUCCAAAACACCCUGGUUGCCCAUGCCUAUGACAGCCUUUGCAAAGAAUUUUCAGACUGGGAGUGGUCUUUCAAACGGCACAUCUACUCCUGGCUUGAAAGUGCAACAAUACAAAUAUCAAAUGCAGAAACCAGCAGCCUGCAGGAAGUGGAAGAGAUUGUUGAAGCACUUAAUGGAGAUGCACAGAAGGAGAUUGCCUCCCAGAAAAGAGAGAUGGAUGAAAAAUUGAAAACAUACUACAAAAGGAAAGACCGGCAUGUAAGUUUGGUGGAGAGGUACAAAAUUGACUUUAUAAAAAACAUCCAGAGCCUGCAGACAGAAAUGAUAAACACAGUGAGAAACAAAUUAGAUGCUGCUUUUCAGCUGAGAACUAAUGUGGCAAAAGUGAAUGAACUUCAGAAGAAACAAGCUACUAUGAUAGAGCACCAAGUGUUGCAGCUGCUGAAGAAUUACAGUGGUAGGAGAGAUGAACUGUCUGAUGAAGAUUUGAAGGCUGACUUUGAGAGCAUGUGGAAUAAAGCUUUAGUGAACAUUUCAGGCUUGAAAGAGAGGGACGUUCCUUCUGAAAUAUUAAAGGAAUUAUGCUCAAGUUUUGGACACCUCAAAAUCAAUCAAUACAUGGAGAAUGUUAAAGAUUUAACUGAGUAUGCUAGUGACAAAUUCAAAGUCAGUGGAAAAAGACACCUUCCAAAACUGAAACACUGGAAAAAUAUGAUUGCCAGAAAAAUUGUAAAACAAGAGGUACAGAGUAUUGCAGACACUGCCAUUCAGAAUUGCAGGAGAAUGAUUGAAGAAUCUGCAAAGUCCAAAAGUGAUUACCAGACUUUUCUCAUUAAAGAUCUCAUUAAGAAAAUUGAUGAAUACAUCAAAAGUGUAAAUUCUAAAACCAACCUCGCAUUUGAGGUUGAUCUGAAGCUUCACAUUUGUGGCAUUGCAUCUCAGAAAUUCCUUGAAAUGCACAGGAGAUUUCUUACUGACAAAGAUCCACUGAAACAUUUAGAGGCAUUUAAAAGUCACUAUCUGUCUGAUUUCAUUGAUUUGUAUAGACUUAAUGAUCAGUGUCAGAGGAAAGCUCAAGAUUUCACCCAGCUUUGUCUCAAACCAGCGGUGACAGAGCACAUCAACCAGUCCAUCGGAACUGAUAUAGUCGAUGCAAUUUUGAGUUGCAGUUACUCAACUGAAUAUAGUUCACGUUCAUACUUUCAGUAUAACAUCUUAAAGGAGCUUCUGGAAAAAGAAGAGUUAAAAGAAUUUGUCAGAUACAUCCUGCAUUAUGAGACUUAUGUCAAUGACUGGAUAUAUAAGCAUAUCAUUCAGUGCUUCUCAAAAGACUUAUCUGUGAGCAAAUUAAAAACAAAGAAGCUGGACUCAAUAAUUGAAAAGAUUGUUGAAGCAAUGGAAGAUUCUCAAUAUGGAGAUGAUGGGUGUCUUUUGUCCAAUGAUACUAAAAGCACCACAGUACUGAUUCAGAAUCUUUGCAAAGCUCUCAGCAAAGUCAUCUCCAUCCCCAAGGACACAGUGGAUAGGGUCCUCUUUCAAAACACAGGUCUGUGUACUCCAUUCACCAACAAUCUCCUAGAGUAUCUGAAAGAUUUAAAGAAGCAACUAGAAGAGGAGAUAACAAAGUCAUCUGAUAUCACUGAAACGCUGAACAGUGUGUCUGUCAAACCCCAAAAUGAGCUCUUCAAGAGGAUCUUUGGUUGUGGAAAGCAGUGUCCCUUCUGCAAAGCACCAUGUGAGGCAGGAGGAAAAGACCAUCGGCAGCACCAUGCAGCUGUGCAUCGGCCAAAGGGACUGGGUCGCUACAGAUAUGUCAGCACUAAUAUCCUAUGUGAGGAGAUUUGUACAUCUAGUGUACAUGGCAAUGGGUCUUUUCAAAAUCAUGAAACAGAUUUCCAACCUCAUCCUUAUAAAGACUAUCACACCUACUACCCAAACUGGCUCAUUCCACCAGACAGAACUAUAGAGGCCUCAGAUUACUGGAAGUAUGUGCUUGUGAAAUACAAUGACAAGUUUGCAGAAGAGUAUAAAGCAAAGCCUGCUGUGUAUCCAAGUGUAUGGAACAAUAUUGAUAAAGUCCUGGCUCUUGAAGGUCUGAAAUCAGCGUUUUGCAUUAAAUGAUAUGAAGCUUCUCGCAGAGCGAUUUCUUUUAUCAGCAUAUAAUGUUGUUUUGGUUUAGGCAAGCUGGCAUAAUCCAUUUUAAAGUGCCAGAGUUAUUGUUCAGUUCCAUCAUAUUAGUAAAAAAUAGGUAAUGACAGAUCAAUACUUCACCCAGCUGUGGCUGAGUAUAUCAAUCAGUCCACCACAACUGAUGUAUUGCACACAAUUUUGAAUAUCAAAUUCAUGAGUCUAUGACAGAGAAAUUGAAUGAUUGAAUGAGUAAUAUGCAUUUGAGCUUUCAAUGUGCUUCUAGCUGUUCUUAAAAAUGUUGCAUAGUUUUAGACCCUUAAUUGAUGAUAUCUGCAUGUUUCAUAUUCCAGUGUGUCAUAUAAAGUUCAUAUAACUGAAUUAUAAUAUUACAUAUUUUUGAUUACAUAUACAUUGUAUUGAUAUGAGAUGAAAAUAAACAUUUUCUGUACUUGCAAUGCUCAGAAUCAAAACCAGAAUCAAUGUUUAUUCACUCAAGAUAUAUAAUGCAAACUGUUUUUUCCUAUUCUUACAUAUUAAUAUGUAUAACUCACAGUAUAUUGUGUGAUGUUUAAAUCUCUGUUUAAAUAUAUAACUUUUCUUCUUUGUAAAUCCUUACAGAGGAUUUUCUUUGUGCCUCAUAAUCAAAAAUGGCAUGUUUCUAGUGAGAUAUUCUAAUUAAAACAUAUACAAUGUGUGUGCAUUAUUGCUCA